ACCAUUGUGGACGUCUACACUCGCAUGACUUGGGUGUAUGUGCUGCCGAAGAAGAGUGACGUAGCUGAAACGGUGAAGACCGAUUGGUUGCCGAUGGUGGAGCGGCAACAAGACCGACUUGUGAAGGCGAUUCGCACUGACCGUGGGGGAGAGUUCCUGAGCAAGGAUUUCUCAACUUGGCUGAAGAAGCAGGGCAUAAGGCACUCUCUUACCAUGCCCUACUCUCCUGCAAUGAACGGCAUCGCCGAGCAGCCUUGACUCAAGUGGGAGAAGACAAAUGGGUGCCCUAUGUGGAG